GGUGUUUCUUCGUCUAUCUGCAUUUCCAGCUCCGUCAUUCGCUGUAGUCAAGUGGAACCACUCUCCUGCAGGUGUUGAAGAAUCAUCAUCGGGAACACGGGCUGUCAUUUCAAUAUCAUGCAGCUCAUGAUCCCCGAAUCUUGAGAAGCUUCACAAUUCUUCAACGAGACACAAAUCCGAUCCUGAUUGUACACUUCCAUCAAGACACCUCCGUGUACAUUACUCCAACCUAGCUAAUGCCGCUCGUGUAACACCAGCCCACACUGUUCACCUAAUCCCUCAACUGGAAGCAAUCUUCCACUACCAGAAAAAAAAAAUGUCCCGCAGACCACCCUCCGACACCUUCACCCGCUUCACAUCAACAACACCACACGCCAUGUCCCGCGCCGCAGCUCCCGGCUUCACAUACCAACCCGCUCCAAAUCCAUCAUCAUCCCCAUCCCAGUCCCCAUCCUCAAGACCUCCACCCCAAAACGAAACCCCCCAGGAAAAGGUCGCACGUCUCCGCGCCGCCGCCCGCGCCGCAAAGGAAUCCGCAAACUCCUCGCCCUUAGAACGCGUCAUCGACACAGGCCGCCGCUGGGCCGACCGCGCCCACCGCUUCACAGCCUACGGUCUGAUCCUCUUCGCCGGCGUAUCCACCGUGGUCGCCGCCUACGGAACAACAUCCCUAAUCGCACAUAACCGGCGGCAGAAACGUGCGUGGAUCGAGCGCGAACUCGACAGACUAGACCAAGCGCGCGUGGCGUUUCUACGGGGAGACGCCACCGCCGAACAAUUACAUUUACUCGAGCAAGAACGUGCGGGUGAGGAGAUGGAGGCUGCGCGGAAACGAGCGGUCGAGCGCAAGUCCUCUGAAUCAUAUUACAGCAGGUUCAGAAAUAUGUUCGCAAGUCAGGCGGCCAAGGGAGAGAUGGGGACAGAAACAGAGGCGGAACGGCUCACACGACAACAGCAGGAUGCUAGACGAGCUCGGGGGAGACAAGGGCCGGCGGAUGACAGUUUCGUCGAGGGAGAGAUUCGGCCCACCGCGGUAGCUACGGGCGUACCACUACCAGUAGCAUCGAGUGGGAUUCAAGGCGUGGGUGUCGAUUCGAAGGGGAGACCGGUGCCGCAGGAUAGAGUGGAAUAUCUUAGUACACCACCUGUUGGACAGGCUGCCAGUGUGGAUGCAGGGACCAGAAGGAAAGGAGGUCCCCUGGAUCAGUGGGCUGGAAACGUGGCGGACGCAGUGACGCAUCCGACGCAGAAUCAGGGAUGGCUGAGUUGGUUGAGAGGCGGCAAGUCAUAAAAACUGGACAUGUGUGUAAUGUGUAUGCAGGAGAAAGUUCAAAGUUCAUAUUCAUCCUCUGUACAGCUAAGGGUUUCAAAAGAAGGGGUUUGCAUAGCGGCUGAAUGUUGAUCAUCCGCUCCGGCGAGAAACGAAGUGCCAAAACAAACUCA